GUGGGAGCGUCUCUUUUCCUCUGGCGCGCCAUCGACGAUCCUAGUUGUCAUCAUGGGCCGCCGCCCCGCCCGGUGUUAUCGCUAUUGUAAGAACAAGCCAUACCCAAAGUCUCGUUUCUGCCGUGGUGUCCCUGAUGCUAAGAUCCGCAUCUUUGACUUGGGACGGAAGAAAGCAAAAGUGGAUGAAUUCCCACUUUGUGGCCACAUGGUGUCAGAUGAAUAUGAACAACUCUCUUCUGAAGCACUGGAGGCUGCCCGUAUUUGUGCCAACAAAUACAUGGUAAAGAGUUGUGGCAAGGAUGGCUUUCAUAUCCGGGUGAGGCUCCACCCUUUCCAUGUCAUCCGGAUCAACAAGAUGUUGUCCUGUGCUGGGGCUGACAGGCUCCAGACAGGUAUGCGUGGUGCCUUUGGGAAGCCCCAGGGCACAGUAGCCAGGGUUCACAUUGGCCAAGUCAUCAUGUCUAUCCGAACCAAGCUGCAGAAUAAGGAACAUGUGAUUGAGGCUCUGCGCAGGGCCAAGUUCAAGUUCCCUGGCCGCCAGAAGAUCCACAUCUCAAAGAAAUGGAAUUUCACCAAGUUCAAUGCAGAUGAAUUUGAAGACAUGGUUGCUGAGAAGCGGCUCAUUCCUGAUGGCUGUGGUGUCAAAUAUAUCCCCAAUCGUGGUCCUCUGGACAAGUGGAGAGCCCUGCAUUCCUGAAGGCUUCCACAGUGCUCUCCUAUACCCUAUCAAAUCAUGUUCAAUAAUAAAUCUCACAUCAAAUCUGCUUAUG